AUGGGCGUUGAACACCCAAACAAGGGAGGUCAGCCACUCACGGAUAACAACCCUCCUAAGCAAGCUAGUAAUCCCCAUUCCAACAUACAUGGCAUUCGGCCUCCAUCAACCAAGGGUGAUAAUUAUAAGGCUAAGAUACCAUUUCCUCAUAAACUCUGUCAAGAGGAAAAGGAUAAACAGUUUGCUCGUUUUGUGGAGUAUCUCAGAACAUUAGAGAUAAAGAUCCCUUUUACAGAAGCUCUUGAACAGAUACCUUCUUAUGCAAAGUUCAUGAAGGACAUUCUAAGGAGUGCAGUGCAAAUAGUCCUCCUCACUGAGGAGUGCAGUGCAAUCAUUCAAAACAGCUUACCAGAGCAGCUUAAAGAUCCUAGAAGCUUUAUGAUACCAUGCACUCUAGGUGAUGCUUGUACAAGGACAACUUUAUGUGACCUUAGGACAAGCAUCAACCUAAUACCUGCUUCUUUAAUAAAGAAACUCUAUUUGACUGAUGAAGCCAAACCAACCCGCAUGUGCCUUCAACUUGCUGAUGGUUCUAUUAAGAUACCAUCAGGAGUAAUAGAGGACAUGAUUGUCAGGGUUGAACCCUUUGCCUUUCCCACUGACUUUGUGGUAUUGGACACGGAGGGGCACAAGAGUGCAUCCCUUUUCCUAGGAAGACCUUUCAUAGUUACAAGAUGGACCCUCAUUGAUGUUGAAAAAUGGGAAGUAACCCUAAGAGUCAACAAGGAAAAGUUCAUCCUAAAUGCUGUCAAAGCUAUACAACAUCCAUACAUUCUUGAGGAAUAUAUGAGCAUUGACCUCAUUGAUUCCCUGGUGGAAGAGGUGAACAUGGCUGAAAUGUUCAAGGACAGGCUUGAUGAUAUCUUUGAUGAUACUCAGCCUGAUUCAGAGGAACCUCUGGAAACCUCUGAGGAAACGGAGAAGCCUCCAAAGCUUGAGCUUAAGCCAUUACCAUCCUCCAUGAAAUAUGCAUUUCUAAGAGAUGGAGAUACCUAUCCUAUGAUCAUAAGCUCUGUAUUAGAGCCACAGGAAGAAGAAGCACUAAUUCAAGUGCUUAAAACACAUAUGACCACCCUUAGGUGGACUAUAAGUGACCUUAUGGGUAUUAGGCCAGCCUGA